UUAUCGCCCGGCCAAAUCGUCGAACAGCGUUCGAAUCGGCAGCCGGAGGGAACUGGUGGCCAAGGCAGCUUCACGGCAAGCAGCACCUGCCGCUCGGGGCUGGUCGUGAGGGACACGGCGCCAGCUUGGAAUUGGCCCGGGUCAACUACGGUGUGAGGGCUCUUGCACAGAAGCUUAUCGAGGGUGGUUCUUACGCGUUCAUUGCCAGCAGCAACCAGCGCCAUGUCGGACGAGAAGGACAAGGAUGGCCUGAUCAACCCGCGUGUCAACCGAGAAAACUACAAGCGUCGCCAGGAGCUCGAAGAGGCCCGUAAGCUCGGUGCCAUUCCCGCCCUCGUUGACGAAGAAGGCCGCGACAUCAACCCCCAUAUUCCGCAGUACAUCACCAAUGUACCCUUUUUCUAUGGCAACACUGGCCCCACGCUGAAGCACCAGCGUCAGCAAGAUGAUCGGGUGCCUCAACACGACGAUAUCCAUCGUCAAGUCAAACGUGGUGUUAAAAAGGGCUCGGGCUCAACGCGUUACAAAAAGGGAGCCUGCGAGAACUGCGGGUCCACCACGCACAAGAAGCAAGACUGCGUUGAGCGUCCACGCCGCGUCGGCGCUCGGUUCAACAACAAGAACAUUGCCGCAGACGAAUACAUUCCCACCGAACUGAACCACUCAUUCGAGGGCAAGCGUGAUCGCUGGCAAGACUAUGACCCGGCUGAGCAUCUGGAGGUAGUGCGGGAAUUUGAAAAGAUUGAGGCUGAGAAGCGCAAGCUCAAGCUGCAAGAACUUAAGCAGCGUGCAGCCGAGGCCCGCGAACGUGCUGCCGCCGGAGAGGAAGACGUGUCGGCCGAGAAGCGUGUAGACCCCAAGGCUGAAGAGGCCUCAGAUGAUAGUGACGAUGAUGACGAUGACGACAAGGAUAAGGCGGAUGAUCUUCGUUAUGCCGAAAGCGCUAACAUGGCCGGCGCCAAGAUUGACACCAAGAACCGUAUCUCCGUGCGCAACCUGCGUAUCCGCGAAGAUACAGCCAAAUACCUGCUGAAUCUCGACGUCAACUCGGCGCACUACGAUCCCAAGACACGUGCCAUGCGUGCUGACCCGCUGCGUGGAACCAACAAAAAGGCCACCAAAGCCUUUGCCGGCGAAAACUUUGUUCGGCAUACGGGCGAGGUGCCUCACAUUGCCGACCGCCAACUCUUUGCUUGGGAUGCUGCUGAUAAGGGUGUGUACCGCGCGCUUGUACUUAUUCCUGCUGGCCCACGAUGCUCGCACGGCAAGCAUUGUGCCUUGAUCCUGCUGUUGCUGGUUGUUGUCGUUUCUCCUCUCCGCCUUUCCUCUUGCCCCCUCCUGGUCUCUCGCUUUGAGAAUGCGCACCGUUUGUCUAUUGCCUAUAUCGAUCAAGGCGCCUCUCACUCAAGACCGCCACUAUUGGGCGUCAUGGCAGGUGUGGACGUUCACUUGCAAGCUGAUCCCACCAAGGCGGAAAUGCUGCACAAGGCUUUUGAGCAGAAGAAACAGCAAUUUGGGGAACAGCAGCGCCAAUCCAUUCUGGAAAAGUACGGCGGUGCCGAGCAUUUGAAGGCACCCCCCAAGGAGCUGCUGAUGGCGCAAACGGAGCACUACGUCGAGUACUCGCAGUCGGGCCGCGUCAUCAAGGGCAACGAAAAAGCCAAGGUGCAAUCCAAAUACGAGGAGGAUGUUUACCCCGGCAACCAUACUAGCGUGUGGGGUUCCUACUGGUCGCGCGGGCGUUGGGGCUAUGCGUGCUGCCAUGCAACGGAAAAGCAAAGCUAUUGUACGGGUGCCGAGGGCCGUGCGGCGCGUGCUGCCGAUCCUACCCAGUUGUUAAAAUUGCGUGGCCAGGCCGCGGAGCAGGCGCAAGGCGAGGGUGAAGAGGCGGCAGAUGGCAAGCCCGUCGAGACCCUUCUCGAACAGCAUCGUAAAUCCAACAAGGGCAAACGCAGCAAAGACGAGGCGGCAGCAGAAGAUGAUGAUGAUGAGGCGCGCGAGAAGCGCAUCAAGGAGUACAUGGAGAAGCAUCGCAAGCAAGAGCGCGAGGCAGACCGACUCAUGUCGAUGGAUGAGCGUUCGCGACCAUUCAACUCGAUGAAGGAGUCGGAGCACAAAAUGUCUGAGGAGGAGAUGGAAGCCUAUCAUCGCACCCGCGUGCACGCUGAUGAUCCCAUGGCUGCCUUUAUGAAGUGAUUGCAUUUGGGCAGACGAGAGAGCGAGAGCGAGAGAGAGAGAGAGAAACGUCUGAACGAGAGUUGGCUUUGUUUUCUUUUUUUCCAAGGUGCGGGAAUACUGUGUGAAGUUCGAGUUUUGCUGCGUCUUCAAUUGACUCUAGUCAGGG